CGGACUGGUUGGGGGGUUGAGCAAUCUGACCAGAACGGAACUUCCUUCCCCGCCUGCUGGUCCCACAGAACCAGGCAGGAAAAAAAACCAGUCCGGACCUUUAAUAAAUGGGACCAAUGGCCCGGACUCAGUCUGUGGAUCCGUCUCGGACCGUUCAGGUUUAGAGGAGUUCCUCUGUCGGACAGGAUGACUCCAACAACACAGACGCUUCUCUUCAUGUUUUCUCUCUGCGGGCUGCAGGAAGCGCAGGAAGCGGCCCCCCCUCAGCUCGCGCGCUGCUCCGGGGGUCUCUGUGUCUUCCAGCACUCUGUGGACCUUCGUGGCGCAGAGGAGUCCUGCACCAGCUACAGUGGGCGGCUGGUCGAGUCCAGCUCUGAGGAACACAUGGAGGUGUUACGGAGCCUGCUGGCUGAGGACAGCGGGAGGUUCUGGCUCAGAUCCGGGGCCGCGAACUGCACGGCUGCGCUCGUCAGGGGUCUGUUCGAGGUGGUCUCGGUGCCGUGCCGGGACCAACUGGAUGGUUUUGCUUGCCGGUAUGAGUCUAAAGAAGUUUGCAAAGUCCUGAACGCCUCCGCUCAGGGUUUGUACACCAUCAACACGACCGCGCGCUUCCAGGUGCGCGGCGCGGACUCGUUCCCCCCGGGAACCGUGGCCCUGUUCGGGCUCGCGCAGCAGCAUCCGGACUCAAAGCACCUGUGUUUCGGUGAGUGGUUGGCAGCGCCCUGGGGCUGUGAGGUGAUGAAAGGCGGCUGCGAGCACGACUGCGACCCGAGCGCGUCCACCUGUACCUGCCGCAGCGCGCACGCGCUCCACCCCAACGGCUUCUCCUGCGUCCGGGAGGAGGCUCCUCUGGAGUGCGAGGACGGGUACGAGCCCGCAGAGGAUGAGGGCUGCGUGGACGUGGACGAGUGUGAGGAGGAGCACGCGUGCACGGAUGAGAGAAAGGAGUGCGUGAACGAGCCGGGAGCGUACAGGUGCGCGUGCGCGCACGGCUUCGCAGAGGAGGACGGCGUGUGCGUGAACGUGUCCGUCUGCCUCACGUGCGAGCAGAACUGUGUUAAGGUGAACGGGGUGUUCCGGUGCUCGUGCGUGGAAGGGUUCACGGUGGUCCCAGAGGAGCCCACCAAGUGCAGGCAGUCGUGCUCCGGGGCGGUGUGCCCGGCCCUGUGCCUGCACGACCCCCGGCUGGAGGAGAGGGACAUGCAGCAGUGCAGCUGUCCUGACGGCUACAUCGUGGACAUCCAGAACGGGACGGCCAGCUGCGUGGACAUCAACGAGUGUGAGCACCAGGAGAUGUGCGACCACAGGUGUGACAACACGUUCGGCAGCUACAGGUGUGUGUGCGAGGACGGGUUCCGGCUGGUGGGGGGCGACAGGUGUGUGUCUGUGGAGAGAGAAGACCCUCCAGAGUCCCCUCCUGCUCUGUUCCCUCAGGCGCCGGAGAGCCUCCAACCAGAUGUUCUCCCCUCCUACAUCAAAACCGGCAGCAUCCUGGGCAUCACCGUGUUCCUGGUUCUGUGUGUGGUGCUGCUGGGCCUCCUGGUCCAGAACAUGACGAAACGCUGCGGCCGCUUGGACCUGACCUCCUUAAAGYGCCCAGACAUGUUCUACCUGCAGCAGGUGAGCACAGAGACCUACAAGAGGCUCUCCGACAGACAGUCGGUACCGGACUCACACAGACUCUGAGCUCCACAGGACACAGGACUAGGGGUGUAAGAAAAUAUCGAUACACUGAAAUAUCGCGAUAUUUCAUUUCCCGAUACGUAUCGAUAUUC